AUGGACCGGCAGCAUUGGCAUCACAUGGUAGCUUCCUCCAGCAAAGUCGCUGUUGUUUCGGGAUCAGAAAAUACUCAAAGGCCACCUACAAGGAAGCCUUCCGCCCCUCCCCAACCCCCCGUCCUCCCGACACCAGACGACUCGCUCCUUCUCUCUGAGCCCCCGCCCUACCCGGCGGCCCUGCCGCCUCCUCUGGCCCCUCAGGCGAUCGGACCGGUGCCGGGCCAGGCGCCCGAUAGUUCCGAUCCUGAGGGACCAGCCGCUAGGACCAGGAGUCGCCGUGCCCGCAGUCCGGCAGACGACUCAGGUCCUGACUCCACUGUGAUUUUACCCCUCCGAGCCAUAGGACCCCCAGCCGAGCCCAACGGCCUAGUUCCUCUACAAUAUUGGCCUUUUUCCUCAGCAGAUCUUUACAAUUGGAAGUCUAACCACCCGUCUUUUUCUGAAAAACCAGCAGGACUCACGGGACUUCUUGAGUCCCUUAUGUUCUCUCACCAGCCCACUUGGGACGAUUGCCAACAGCUACUCCAGAUCCUCUUCACCACUGAAGAGCGAGAAAGGAUUCUUCUGGAGGCCCGCAAGAACGUUCUCGGGGACAACGGGGCCCCUACACAACUCGAGAACCUCAUUAAUGAGGCCUUCCCCCUCAAUCGACCUCAAUGGGAUUACAACACGGCCGAAGGUAGGGAGCGUCUUCUGGUCUACCGCCGGACUCUAGUGGCAGGUCUCAAAGGGGCAGCCCGGCGCCCCACCAAUUUGGCUAAGGUAAGAGAGGUCUUGCAGGGACCGGUAGAACCCCCCUCGGUUUUCUUGGAACGCCUGAUGGAGGCAUAUAGGAGAUACACUCCGUUUGACCCCUCUUCUGAGGGACAGCAGGCGGCAGUUGCAAUGGCCUUCAUCGGACAGGCAGCCCCAGAUAUCAAGAAAAAGUUGCAGAGGCUAGAGGGGCUCCAAGAUUAUUCCUUACAAGAUUUAGUGAGAGAGGCAGAAAAGGUGUACCACAAGAGAGAGACAGAAGAGGAAAAACAAGAAAGAGAAAAAAGAGAGACAGAAGAGAGAGAGAGACGGCGCGAUAGGCGCCAAGAAAAAAACUUGACUAGGAUUUUGGCCGCAGUGGUAGGUGAAAGAGGGUCUAGAGAUAGGCAGACAGGGAACCUGAGCAACCGGGCAAAGAAAACACCUAGGGAUGGAAGACCCCCUCUAGACAAAGACCAAUGCGCGUACUGUAAAGAGAAGGGUCACUGGGCAAGAGAAUGUCCCCGGAAAAAGAACAUAAGCCGUUACUAUGAAGGACACUUCACUCUGAAGAACACGCUAAACUGA